AUGCAAUCAGCAGUCCCGCAAGAUCUUCAUCUUUCCCAUGCAUCUUUCCACCUUCUCCUGUGUCUCCAAUCAGUCUCUCAUUUCCACCACCAGCACUCCUCAGACGUGCAAACGCUGUGGGAGCGACGCUCUCUCCCCGACGAGCACGAGGAGGACCCCAUGGACGUGGCAGCGCUGGGGGCGGUGCUGCUGUCGGAGUUGGGGGAGAGCGCGCCGCCUGCCGACGCCAGGGAGGGAGGCGAGGCGGCAAAGGAGGGCGACCUGCUGGCCAUGCAGCGGCACGUGGAGGCGCUGCAGGCCGAUGUGGCCCGUGGCUUCGACCAGCUUCGCGAGCAGCUUAGCAGCAAGCUUCAGAGCUCCUAUCGCAUCCAGUUGGCAAAAGCACCCAGUCAGGACCUCCUCCCGGACCAGCCAGGCGAUGGUCAGGAAGAGGCCAGGCGAGGAGCAUGGGAGCAGGUUUUGAUGCAGGUGGGGAAGGUUCGGGAGGAGGCUGAGAGGGAACGAGCAGAGGUUUGGGAGGUGGUGCGUGAAGUCCGACGGGAGAUACAAUUGCUGCGGGCAGCAAGAGGGGAGGGGAGAUAG